UCUCUCUCCCGCAGCCGGGAAGGUGCACAGGGUCCCCGCCGAGCACAAGCCUUCCCAGUUCGACAAGAAAAUCCUGCUGUGGACCGGCGCUUCAAAGCGAUGGAGGACAUUCCGCCGCUGAUCCCGCGAGAAAUGAUAGAUGCCGCAAGAAACAAAGCUAGAGUGAAAGCCUGUUACAUAAUGAUUGGACUCACAAUUAUCGCCUGCUUUGCAGUGAUAGCGUCAGCCAAAAGGGCUGUGGAAAGACAUGAAUCUUUAACAAGUUGGAACCUGGCAAAGAAAGCUAAAUGGCGUGAAGAAGCUGCGUUGGCUGCACAGGCUAAGGCUAAAUGAUACUCUAAGUGAUGAAGUGUUCAUCAGACCAUUACCACUACUAUCAGCAACAAUAAAAGAUAAAGUAGAAUAUUUGACAAAAUA